ACGCUUUAUAUUAGUUAUUAUUGCUACUCCUUAUGUAAUGACUCUCGAAGCUAUAAGCUUUUGAUGUAUGUAUUCGUAAAACGGCUGCUGUUAUAUUUAGUUUGUGUUGUAAGCAGUCUUCCGUCCCUGUUUUUAGAGGUAACGAGGAUUGGUCACUCUGCAACAAGACUCACAUCGAGGCUUUUGUGAAUGCCAAAAACACGAGUGAAAUAAAUUACCACGCAUAUAUGUGGGAAAUAUUUUCUUGUUUUCCCGAGGAUGCCCCCGGAGCAAUCCUAUUGUUUGGUGGUUUCAAGCAGGUCGGACACACGCGCACAUGGUUCUAAUAAUUUUGGACGAUACCCCCUUGCAAAGGCCGUCGGUGACGACCAACAGUUAGUGCAAUCGCUCGCGUGAGAUUUAACGGUAGCAUUGAUUUUUGUCAUGCCUAGCUCACCAUGUCCGUUUUUAUCAUGCUCACAUGACUUUUACUUAGUAAUUGGAUUGAAACAAGUUAAUUGGCUCUCAUAUCGCUUGCUAUGCAGGGGCACAAAAGGGGUUGUUUUGCAAUACGGAAAGUGUAAGAUUUCACAAAAGAUUGAUAGUAUGAUUUGUUCUGCUCUUUCAAGAAAAAUAUGCAGAACCACAUCAAUGAUUACUAGAUGUUUGCAUAAAUUCCGAAAAACAGGUUUGCUACGAAACUGUUGCCAAGUUCUAAUCUGUCCAGUGGAUAAAACGUCGCGUACAUUAAAUUGCCAUCCGUAUCGUUUUAUGGUUGUUGCUUGCAGAACCGACAGUGACCCUUGAAUGGCCCUUGUUUAACCCUCUGAAUUACGCCUUAACGUCGGAUUACAUAACACAUGAAAUUUUCAAGCAGUUAUUUAUCUUUCGGCUCUUUUUUGUUUUGAUAGCCUUUUUUUGUAAAACUUCACUGUAUUGGCUUUUUUCUUGCACACACGUUUACAUUUAAACUUGAAAUUAUUAAAUCGAAGCA